ACUCACGUUUGACUCAAUUGAAAAUGGAACGAGCAUUUGGGCGAUACAUGAAACUCCCCCGGGUGUUGUGUCUGGCCUGAGCCGCACCACCUAACUGCUUAAGAAUGCACAAGACGCUUUAUAACAACGCAAAUACAUGGAGCAGCGCAAGAGCCCGAGCUGAGAGCACUUCAAACUUGAUAAUUGGCAGCGCAGCCACACAUGCUUCCUCCACAGGCCGCCACACAGCAGCCCCGCGCGCAAUUGCGCGUCCAGAUUCUUUGCUAAAUGAAGAGUUCUCCACGCUGCCCUUGGGGGCAGACAGUACCAAUGACCGGUUGGCCGCUCGCCUUCUGCGGCCGCGGCGUGUGGAGCGCCCCCAUCCGGGCGCCAGCAACGUGCCACCCGCAACGAUCCACGACAAGCGGUCCGGUCCUCAUGGCGCAGUUUCUGACUCGGGCCCGUCUUCUCCUGAGCUUCCUACUGAUGGCGUCACGCGCAUAGGAACUGCUGCAGCGUACCAUGCCGCUGCCGCCGCCACAUCCAGAAACGGCGCGUCUCACCAGCAUGACGCCGCCACCAGUGAGGUCGCUAGACGGCAAGCCACGCCGGCCGCGGCACCCGUUGUAGCGCCUGCGAUGGACAAGGCCUCUUGUUUGAGAGCUCUGGAGGGACUCGCAGCGUCUGCAGGAGGCUGGGGUGUCGGCGGCGCCGGAGGUGUGGGCGCGGGCAGCAGGGGCAGACACAGCAGCCACACAGCCGGCGCUGUUGCCACGGGUCACGAGAUGAGUCAGGUGCUCGCUGCCCUCACCUGGCACUGUAGCAGCAGUAGCAAUACUGGCAGUGGCGGUAGCGACAUUAGCAGCUGUAGACCUGCAAGUGACACUAGCGGGAGCAGCGGCGCAAGGGGCGCUGGCAGUGCCUAUGGCAGCGGUAGCAGUUCCACCACGGGCUCGUUGACGCUGCCGGAGCUGGUGCGGCUGACAAAGCAGCUGCUGCGGCUACGGCCAGCACUCGGGUCAGGGCCGCGCCGGGGACAAGGUGAACGCGAGACGGAGGCAGCUCUCUCAGGGCUGCUGGAGGCAAUUGCGGAGGCGGGUGCUCGCCACCUACUACCUGCGCGCCCACCGCUCUCGGAACGUAUGGAUAGCACGGAAGUGGGCGGCAAGGCGGGGCCUUGGCCGGUUGCUCACUGUGCGGACAGGGAGCAGGCCAGCCCCUUCCGCUCGGGCGCUCUGCUGCUGCACAACCUGGCCAAGCUGGGGGACGGAGGCCGCAGCAGCGGCGGGAGGAGCAGCGGGGGUGUGCGGCUGGCGGAGGCGCUGGCGGCGCAUGCCGUAGCAUCGGCGGCCGAGCAGCGCUCACCGCCACAUCAGCACUGUCAGCCGCAGCCUCACGCACCGCAGCCGCAGCAUCAAUCGCCGUCGCAAUCGCUGCCGGCGGUCGGCUGCCUGGAGCCGCGUGAGCUGCAGGACCUGGUGUGGGCGCUGGGCAAGGUCGUGGGCAGCGUCGCAGGUUCGGGUGGGGCCGCGGGCGCACUGCACGCACUGGCGGCGGCGCUGGCGGCGCGGCUGGCGGAGCCGGGGUUGCUGGGCGGCAUGGCGCCUGUGGGUCUGUCCAUGGUGGUGUACGGCAUGGGCAAGAUGGGGCUGCCGUACAGCGACACGGCGGUGAGGCGGGCCGUGUGUGAGGCGGUGGCGGGCGCCGCCCGCGGCGGCGGCUGCUCGCCCCAGGCCCUAGCCAACAUGACGUGGGGCUUGUCGCGCUCGCUGCCGCAGCGGGCGCCUCGGGGCGCGGCGGCACUGCCACUGGGCUUGUCAGGGGUCGGCACCGCGGUCACAGCCGCGGCUGUAGCCGUCGCUGCCCCUGGUGCCACGGGCCCAAACAGGGGUGCUCAAGCGGUUCCGGGGACGACACUGCAGCGGCGGCCCAUGCGGUUGGAGUUGCAGCCGCAGCUGCAGCCACAGCCUCCGUCGGCAGCACCCGUCAGCGCUGCGCCGCUGCUGCAGGGCACACAUGUGGUUGCGGGCGGGGCAGGUCAUGCCGGCGGAGCCGGCGCCGCCGCCGUGGCAGCGGCUGACGCGGCACAGGCGGCAGCGGUGGAGGCGCUGGUGGCGGCGGCGGAGCCGCAGCUGCGGGCGUUCAAGACUCGGGAGCUCGCCAACCUGCUUGGUGGCCUGACGGCGCUAGGAGCCUUUUUAGGUAUCAGCGACGGCGGUGGCGUGAGCGCAUCUGCGGCCGGACCGGCCGCGGCUGACCCGGCUGGUCCCGGCGCGUCGGCGGCCGCGCGGCGGCUACUGGCCGCCAGCCGGCAGUACGUCAGCGCGCGGCUGUACGACCUGGGCCCGCAGGAUGUGGCCGAGCUGCUGUACGUGUACGGCAGUGUGUACGGCAGCGCGGCGGAGGACGAGCCGGAGGAGGAGGAGGGCAUUGACCUGUUGGCGGCUGGGGCCGGAGGCGGCAGCGGUGUGGCUGUUACUGCGGAGGAGGGGGCUGUGGGCGGGGAGGCAGCGGGCGCGAGGCUGUGGCCGCUGCUGGGGGCGCUGGAGGAGCGAUGUCUGGAGCUGCUAGGCGGCGGCGCAGGGGGCGGCAGAGACCGGCAGCAGCAGCAACAGCACAUGUACAUGCGCGGCUAUGCUUUGGGCACCUGCCUGUGGGCGUUUGCGCGGCUGCGGUACCCCGCGCAGCGCCUGGUGGGAGCCGUGGCCGCAGGCCUGGCUGCCGGCGGCGAGGGCGCAGCGGCGCCGGCCUUCGUGGCAGACCUGCAGCUGCUGCCGGCUGCGACGGGCAUUAGCAGCAUUCCGGCUGCAGACAUGCCGCCGCCGCAGCUGGCGCGAUUCGCUUGGGCGCUCGCGCGGCUGAGCCUGUCAGCAGACGGCCGCGGCGGCUCAGCUGCCGUCGCCGGUCAGCAGUGUGCGUCUGUCCCGGUGGCGCUGCCGGCGGCGGCGCUGCAGCGCUUGUGUGAUGCAGUGGCGGCGCGACUUCCACAGUACGACACCCAGUCGUUGCUGAUGGCCACGUGGGCGUUGGCGGUGCUGGGUGGCGGCCAGGCGGCGGGCGCGGCGGCGGCGCUGGACACCGCAGCCGGCCGCCUCGCGUCGCUGCUGGUGCAGGCGCCGUUGCCACAGUCGGCAGCAGCAGCCUCAGGAGGGGCAGCGGCGGCGGCGGCUCUGAGGCCGGGGCAGCUGGCGAUGGCGCUGUGGAGUGUUGCGCGGCUGAUGGACUCGGGAUCUGGCUCGGGCGGCGAAGGCGCGGGCAUGGCGUGCCUCCGCCUCUUCAACGGCUCACGCGGGGCGCUGCUGGCCGCCCUUCCACAUCUGGGGCCGCAGGGAGUGGCGAUGCUGGCCUGGGCCUAUGCCACCGCGCAGCUCAACCCCGGAGACGGGGCCCUGGCGGCGUUGUGGGAGCGCGCCGCGGUGCUGGCGCCCGGCCUGUCCGGCCGCGGCCUGGCCAUGGUGGGCGCAGCCAUGGCGCACUUCCGCUGCCGCCACGCGCGCCUGACGCGGGCACUGCUGGCGACUGCCGCAGCGCGCAUGUCAGCGGCCGAGGCAGCUGAGGCAGCCGCGGCCGCGGGGGGCGUGAGCAUCGGCAGGAGCGGGUACGGCAGCAGCAGCGGCAACGGCAGCGGCAGGGGUGCGCCGCCGUCGCCAGGGCAGCAGCGCGACACGCAGCCGGAUGACGAGGCGGUGUGGCUGCCGAGUGUGGUGUGCUCGCUGGGGCGCCUCGGCGUCACCGACAGCGCCUUCCUGCAGCUGGUGUGCUCGCGUGUGCCGCACCUGCUGCCGCCUCCAGCCAAGGACCGCCGGGGCCAACAGCCGCCGGCGCAGGUGCAGGCGCAGGCGCAGCAGCGGCGUGUGGCUCCGGGCCGCCUGCGGCGUCACCUGGCGGCCGCUGAGGCGGUGCCGCUGCUGUGGGGCCUAGCGGCGAUGGCGCGAGGCCCGCCGCCCUCCCCGGCGCCAGCCGCUGCGCCUCCGGCCGCGCCUGGCAUGCCGCCCGGGCACGCGGAGGCGCUGCCGCCGCGGCAGGCGGCGUCGGGACCACAUGCCGGGUCCGGCGCCGGCCAUCACACCGGAGGCGCCGUUCUGCCACCGGACGUCGUGGCGGGUCUGGCGGCGGUGGUUGAGGCAGCCAUACGUGCUGAUGCCGGUUGCGCUACCACCAGCGCCGACACCAACAGAAGCGGUGACAAGCCGGAGCGGCAACGGCAGCCGCAGCGGCAGCGGCAGCUGGACGGCGGGCUACUGUCCAUGUUCCUCAGCGCCUGUGUGGAGCACCGCCAUCGCCCGGCGCCCCCGGUGCUGCAGGCCGCCUGCGCGCUGCUGCUGCCGCUGGCGCCCGGCCUGGCCUCCCACACCUUGUGCGAGCUGGCGUGGGCGGUGACCAUGCUGGCGCCGCCCGUGCGCCCUGGCACUGGCUUCAGUGGCGUCAGUGGCAGCGGUGCGGCGGACCUAGGGGCGCAUGCGAUGCUGCCGCUUGGCCCACGGACCCGGCCCAGCGACGCGACGGUGCCUGUGGAGGGCGCUGCGUCGGCUGCAGACGGGGUGGACAACCAUGAGGCCGAUCAGGCGCCGGCGUGGGCUGGGGAGUUGGCGCUGUUGGGGGAUGCAGGGCAACUACAAUCUCAACUUCAGUCACUGCAGCAGCAGGAGCAGCCGGAGCAGCAGGCAACUGGUCGGGAGGCGUCGGGCCAGGGCGACGAGCUGUGGGCGGCGGUGGCGCGGCUGCUGCGCCGGGCCACGCGCGGUGUUAAGCGGACACCCAUAGCGGCUGCGGCAGCUGCUGAGGCCACGGCAGGGGCCGGGGUGGCCGUCCUUACGCCCGAGGAUGUUGCGCGGCUGGGGGCCGUGGAGGCUGGGGGAGCUCGGACGGGUGGUUCGGUGGCAAUGGGCGGCGUUCGGCGAGGCGUGCGGGUGCGGGUGCGUGCCACCCGUCGCGCUCCAACAGCAUCGAGUGAUGCCGUCGCCGCUGCCGCGAGGGCGGCGGCGGUCGUGCAGCCUGCCAGCCGGUCCCCGGCCAGUGCGCUGCUGGUACGCCUUCCCCAGCGGAGGUACGUGCCUGCAGCGGCGGCAGGGCAGCGGCGGCAGCUGGCCAGGGCUGCGGAGGGCGAUGAAGCGGCGGCUGGCGACCUCAUACCGGAUGCAGCUGCAACAGCAGCAGCAGCAGCAACAGCAGCAGCGGCACUCGUGGGCCACGAAGUCAGUGCCGCUGACGUGGCCGCUGCGCUCGCGAGCGCACCCCUGCCGCCCAUGCCUCCGCUGCCGCUGCAGCUGUGGCCGCUUCGCCUGCCGCCCGGCGAGCGGUUGUUCCGACUGCGUCCGCGGGCGGAGCUGCUGCAACGCGCAACCGUGCGCAUCGCAGCUGCAGCUGCGGUGGCGGCUGCGGCGCGGCGCCAGGCCAGCCGGGACGCCGCAGCGGAGGCGGCCGCGGCUGCUGCAUCUCGCAAGCGUGUGGCCUCGCGCAAAGGUGGCAGCAAGCCUGCGGGUGUGGGUACGGGCGCGGCGGCGGCGCCGGCGCCACCGGCGGCCCCGCCGCCGCUAGCGGCGGCUGUGGCGCCCAUCUACCCGCCUCGGCAGCAGGCGGGGCUGGAGGCGGCGGGCGGCCAGGAGCUGCUGCGGCGCUGCCUGGCGCUGCUGUCUCGGCGGCUGUGUGUGGAGCGGACCGAGGUGCUGACGCUGGAGAGCCUGGUGCGGGCGGCGUGGGCCAUGUGCGUGGCGCGCAUGUACACCCCGCGGCUGUUCAGGUACGCGGCGGCUCGGCUGCUGGGCCUGCGCUCCACGGCUCCGCUGGAGGGGCGGCCGGCGCUGCUGCGCGCCCUGGUGGAGGUGCGGGCGCUGGUGGCGCGGCAGCGGCCCUCCACCUGGCGCCGCCUGCGCCUCAGCCGCCGCUGGCGGAAGGGCCAGGAGGCGGGUGCGCGGUGGCGGCUGGCGCCAGCGGAGGUGCUGGCGGCACAGCCCGCCGGCAUGGUACGGCAGCUGCUGCGCGCGCAGGCGUCCCUGGAGGCGGCAGCGGAGGCGCGCGAGCUGCCGGUCAUGUGGCGCGGCAGCUUCGCGGGCGACCGGCACGCCGUGAUGCAGCUGGGCCGCCGCGCCGCCUUCGCCAUUGUGCUGGUGGCGCCCUGGCACGAGGUGGCGGCAGCAACUACAGCAUCAGGGCCGCGUGACGCCGCGGCCGCGUCGCCUGGCGGUCGUGCCGGUGCCGCUCGCGGCGCGACCGCCAGGGCCGCAGCGCGGGGUGAAGUGGGUGCGGGUGGGUCGGCUGUGGCGGCUUCGCCGCCGCCUGUCCCUGCGGCGGUGCCGGCGCCUCUCGCGGCGGGCUCAGUGCCUGUGCGGCUGCUGCGGCUGCGCGGCUGGCUGGUGGCGGCGCUGCGAGUGGAGCCGUGGCUGGCGCUGCCAGCGGCGGCGCGUGAGGAGCAGCUGGCGGCAUUGUAUGGGCGCAUGAUGGAGGCGGCCCGGCAGCGGGGAGAGCAGCUGAGGGCGGCUGUGACGGUGGCGGCGGCGGCGGGUGGGACCGUGGGCGCAGCCAAGACGGUGCAGAAAGGGGCUGGGGGAGGUGGGGCCGCGAAGAAGCAGCCUCGCAAGCGUGACAAGAAGUAGAGUGUAGGCGUAGUUGCAGGUCUGUUCGGCUGCUGCUGCGCUACGGUAGCCCGGUCUCUUGUAAGGCCGUUCUUAGUUUUACAAUGCAGGCCACAGUCAGCGGACCUCCAGUGGCUAGUGUCGUUGUUGGUUUCACUUGAAUUACUUCAGUCAGAUGCACAGAGUCUCCCUAAAUGCGUGAGGCGCAAUGCAGCUGUUGACACAGCGUAUGAAUGCGCAGGUCAAAAUGCUUCCUGCUUGGGCCGUGUCCUCCGAACAAGGCACAUGCGUGUAUGCCAUCACGCUCGUUUUAACAUGGCGCGAUGCCUUGCCUAGUUAACCCCCAACAGGAA